CGUGCUCGGGCUGUCGUGUUCUGCGUUCACCACCACAUUCGCGCCGACGCCGGCUGCCGUUUUGCACUGCGUUCACGUUGACCACAGCCCGCUUCGGACCUAAGCAGGCUGUAUUGGGUUCCUUCAAACCAGUCGAACGCGCUUCUUGUGUCGUUUGUCGCCGCUAGACCGGCUUGCGCAGGCGCUCCUACAACACCUCGCUGACCAACCCCUCCCUUCAUAACCGUUUCCCGCCUCUCCGACUUCCUCCUCUUCUUUCCUGGGUUUUUAUCACUACUAUGGCUAUCUCUGGUAUCUCGGCCGCCGUUUCUACCCUCUUGGGGUCCAACACUUCUGUUCCCGUCCCUUCCGGCAAGGUCGAACUCCCGAUGGAGGAGGAUGAGCCGUUGACGGCGAAAGGCCUCGCGUCAGAGAAAUGCGACAUUCGCAUAGAAGGCAUGACGUGCUCUGCAUGCGUAGAGUCUAUCGAGGGCAUGCUCAGGACGCAGCCCGGAAUACAUUCCAUCAAAGUCGCAUUAUUAGCCGAGCGCGGUGUCGUCGAGUACGAUCCCAAUGUCUGGGACACAACCAAGAUCAUGAGUGAAAUUGGUGAUAUUGGAUUCGACGCGACACUCAUCCCGGUCUCACGCGAUGACGCCGUCACACUCCGUGUGUAUGGCAUGACAUGCUCGUCGUGCACAUCCACCGUCGAGAAGGAACUUUCCGCUAUGCCUGGAGUCAACAGCGUGGCUGUGUCUCUGGCUACAGAGACAUGCAAAGUGGAGUUCGACCGUACGCUUGUUGGCGUACGCGAACUAGUAGAGCGGGUCGAGGAAAUGGGUUUCGACGCUAUGUUGUCCGAUCACGAAGACGCGACUCAGGCGCGCUCACUCGCCCGAACGAAGGAGAUCCAGGAAUGGCACCAGCGAUUCCAGUGGAGUCUCGCUUUCGCCGUCCCCGUCUUCUUCAUCAGCAUGGUCGCGCCGCAUAUACCUGGUGUACGCAUGAUCGUAGAAGCCUGCCUCGUGCCGGGCCUCUACUUCGGUGACCUACUGGUCCUACUAUUGACCAUGCCCGCGCAAUUUUGGAUAGGCGCGCGGUUCUACCGCAACGCUUGGAAGGCCCUUAAACACGGCGGUGCGACCAUGGACGUCUUGGUCAUGCUCGGCACGUCCGCCGCGUUCUUCUACUCCUUGGGAGCCAUCAUCGCGGCUGUAAUGAAGGCCGACCCUCUUUACCACCCGUUCGUGUUCUUCGACACGAGCACGAUGUUGAUCAUGUUCGUCUCACUCGGCCGCUACCUCGAGAACAAGGCGAAAGGCCGCACGAGUGCGGCUCUGACUGAUCUGAUGUCCCUCGCGCCAUCUAUGGCGACGAUCUACACGGAUGUGGCCUGCACGCAGGAGAAGAGAAUUGCGACAGAACUCGUCCAGGUGGGGGACACCGUCAAGCUCGUGCCCGGUGACAAGGUACCGGCCGAUGGAACCGUUGUGAAUGGUUCAUCCUCUAUCGACGAGAGUGCCGUCACGGGCGAACCUGUCCCGGUGCACAAGCAGGUUGGCGAUAACGUCAUCGGUGGGACGGUGAACGGCCUCGGAACGUUCGACAUGCUCGUCACCCGUGCCGGCAAGGACACCGCACUCGCCCAGAUCGUGAAACUGGUUGAGGACGCCCAGACGAGCAAGGCGCCCAUCCAGGCGUUCGCGGACAAGGUCGCGGGCUACUUUGUGCCCGCGGUCAUCACCCUCGCCAUCGGCACGUUCUCCGCGUGGAUGGUCAUCUCGCACAUCAUGAGCGAGGACCAGCUCCCCCCGAUGUUCCACAUGCCGGGCGCGAGCAAGCUCGCGGUCUGCCUCCAGAUGUGUAUCUCCGUCGUCGUCGUCGCGUGUCCGUGCGCGCUCGGCCUGAGUACGCCCACUGCGAUCAUGGUCGGCACUGGAGUAGGCGCGCAGAACGGUAUCCUGAUCAAGGGCGGCCGCGCGCUCGAGGCGAGCAAGUCGAUCAAGCGCAUCGUGCUGGACAAGACGGGCACGGUGACCGAGGGGAAGCUGACGGUAGUCGCUUCUGCGUGGGCAUCUCAGGACGGACAGCGGGAACGCAUGCCGCAGGACUACGACGAGUCGUUCCUGCGUGCGAAGUGUGUGCACGGUCUCACGCACGCAGAUGUCAUCGCUAUGGUCGCCGCCACCGAGGCGCGCUCUGAGCAUCCCCUCGCGAAGGCGGUGGCGGUAUACGGCAAGGACAUGCUCGGCAAGUCGCUCACUGUCAUCCCCCAAGUCACCAUCGACGGGUUUGAGGGUGUCCCUGGUGCGGGUGUGAAGGCCACCGUCACCCUGUCGAGCAACAAGGGUGUCUACGUCAUAUACGUCGGGACCGCGCGCUUCGUCAGUCAGUCGGACGCCGCGGACCUGCCGUCGGCGUUGUCCGUCUUCGACAGCCAGGAGGCCGAGCAGGGGCUCACUACGAUUUUCGUGUCAGUGGCCACGUCGUCGUCCGCGCCCAGCCCGAUUUUGGCUAUCGCGCUUUCGGAUGUACCCAGGCCGUCGUCUGUCCACGCUAUCAAGGCGCUGCAGGACAUGGGUAUCGAGGUCAACAUGAUGACGGGUGAUGGUAGGGCUACUGCCCUCGCUGUCGCGAAGCGUGUGGGGAUCAAACCUGAAGGCGUGUGGGCGAAUAUGAGCCCUAAGGGGAAGGCCUCUGUUGUCACCGAGCUUAUGCAGAAAGACAAAGGUGGUGUCGCGAUGGUGGGUGACGGUAUCAACGACUCUCCGUCGCUGGUGGCCGCCUCCGUCGGGAUCGCUCUCUCCUCCGGGACCUCCGUCGCCAUCGAGGCCGCCGACAUCGUGCUUAUGCGCUCAGACCUCCUGGACGUCGUCGCAGCCCUGCACCUGUCCCGCUCCAUCUUCGGCACCAUCAGGCGGAACCUUGUAUGGGCCUGCAUAUACAACAUGCUCGGCAUCCCUCUGGCCAUGGGCAUCUUCCUGCCGCUUGGUAUUCGUCUUCACCCUAUGAUGGCCGGCGCCGCGAUGGCGUUCUCGUCUGUCAGUGUCGUCACCAGCUCUUUGAUGCUGAAGUGGUGGACUCGCCCUCAAUGCAGCGUCAUGCCCGGCGAGGUCGUUCAGAAGCAGACCAUCCGGGGCAGUGUACAGUUGGUUCUCUCAGAUGCGUGGAGCGGUGUCCGCAGCGUCGUCCGUGACCGGAGAGAUUUGUCUGGAUAUAGUCAGUUGCCUGUAGAGAUGAGUGAAGCAGUGUAAUGGAUGGUACCACCGACCAUUUUUUCGGUGAUAUCUGGUUUCUGGGGUAUGCAUAUUGUACUAUACUUUCGACAUGCUUUGUGUUGAACUGUACUAUAUUGGCUCUUGUUUUGCGUAUGGCUGACACAUUCGUUCCUCUUUGUAUCCUCACGUUGUUUCCACGUACUAGAGCAUACCACUCGUACACUAAUUGUUGAUGUGUUAGCGAAUGCAUGUUGGUACCAGUA